GACGAGAGCAUGUCGCUGCUAGGACCGCACCCCGAGGACAACGACACCGACCAUUUGGUUGACAGCAGCGAUGGAGGCGCAACCGGAGGCGCCGCGCCGCGCUCCGCACUGGAAUUCUGCCGCGCACGGCAGCUGGGCCGCCCGGCUGCCCGCCGAGCCCCGCCGCUUGUCGCCGGGGCCGCCGCGCUGCUCGGGGCCUGCGCGCUGUGGCGGCUGCAGGGCGGCGCUCAGGAGGCCAGCAAGUCGACGCUGCGCACCGGGGCCUCCCCCGGCGACGACCUCGUAGGCCUGCACGAGUCCUCUGGGCACCACUUGAGUGACGACGGCAGAAGGCGCCACUUGACGGCGCCCCUGCACGAGGGCAGGCUAGUGGACGAGUCGGGCCUCGUGGUCGGGUACCCCAUGAAGUCCACCGUGCUUGACUCCGAGGAG